AUGAUUCAUCGGGUUAUUUUCGGUUUAGGCGAACGAACGGAUGAGCGAAUGGCGAAAGAUGUGCGACGGAAUGAAGAAACGAAUUGCCCGAAUGCGAGAUUACCACUUGCUAUCAGGUCAAUGGAAGGGACGGAAUUACGUUUCCGCGUUGAAAUACAUGCAACACGGGAGCUUUUGAACCAAGAACACGGAUGA